AUGAAGAUUGCUAUAGUUCUUGCUGUGCUAUGUGGUGUUGUAGUUUCUAUGCCAAAAGGCACUAAGCUUGGAAUUGAUGAGUGUGGAGCAAAGGAGGUAAAACAGUUCAAAUUCGUCGCUGUUGGUAAAGACAAAAUGGAUAUCGCUUGCGAAAUGUGCCUAGAUAUGGUUCUCAUUGCUGAGACAUACGCCGAAUGUGAGGAAGCCGAAGUGGCGGUAAUUUUGGAGAAGAAGUGUGACAAAGACUUCAGCUCUCCAGCUACAGACAAGCUCUGUCGUGGUAUGGUUCAGAAGAUUGCUCAUGUGAGUUGCCCUCUUUUCAUGAUAUAG